AUGGACAUCACCAUAAGGUCAACACGGAUUAUCAUCAUGCUCUAUGAGAGGAAUGGAAUCAAGUUCCUGUGGGCCGUCCUGAGGCAACGCCUGACAGGAGACAACAUUAUCGGGAUCAUUGGUGAGUGAAACAUUAUCAGUAACACUCCACUUCAGAUCCUUAUGUUGUAGUCAAUAGCCAUUAUAUAUUCUCUUUGUUUCUACGUGAGUGUGUACAUUUUUAAAAACAUAACUUUAAAUUCUAGGACACAGAUGAAAAUACGUUAGUUAACGCAGUAUAAUUUCAUACUGUCCAUUUGAUUUAAGAUAGCUAGCCAUAGAGUUUGGAGCCAUUGUAUCAGGUCCAGGUAUCUCAUAGUGACAGUAUUUGUACUGUGUGUUACAGCCUGUCCACCUGUUGCCUAUGAGGAGGUCCAGGGAACAACAAUGAAACUGAAGAUUCAGGACAAAGAAGUAGAAGUCUCCAGGUAAGUUCAACUGUCUAUUAGAAACAAACUGCAUGUAUAGUGAUCUGACUGUUCAUAGGUUGUGUGUUUUAAUACUGUGUAUCUAUAGCAAUAAUGUGUAUUUAGUGUAUUUAAUGAGUUUAUAUUUAGGUGAUUAUGUUUGAUUGUAUGGUUCUGUGAGAAUAUUUAGGGAAACUGGAGUAUUCUGUAUACGCUAUUAUAUUAAGAACCGUGUUGUGGAUUGUGUGUGUGUGUGUGUGUGUGUGUGUUGUAGGAGCUCUGCUGUGGAUCUCAGUGUUCGCUCUGCCCCCACCGUGGCAUGCUGGUUGCUGCCUCUUUAG